AGAAGCACCCGUAGUAUCAGCAAUCCCUCAACAAAGGUCAAUCCAACUAAGCUGGACUAUCAAACAGUGCAAUCCAGCAGACCCCAUAACUGGAUUUGUCAUAAGCAAUGGAAUUAAAGAUCCGCUUUACGUAAGCAGCAGUGAUAGGCAAUACACUUUAUUGGGUCUGAAGCCAUACACAGAAUACAACGUAAGGGUGUUAGCGAGAACACAACGUGUAAAUGGAUCAUGGAGCGAGACGACAAAGAUUAAAACAAAGGAGGACGCUCCUUCUGCUCCAGUAAAUGUCACUGGUACUUUGACACCUGCACAACAUCCACUUGGUCCAAGUGUUGUUAUCACGUGGGAUAGACCACGAGAACCUAAUGGCGUCAUCAGAAAGUACACCAUCGUUUACUACUAUAACAAGGAUACAUCCAAUAACAAGACAGUCACAAUCAGUGCAUCAGCUGAUCUCAUCUACAGUAUCAAUGUUACAAAGAAUGGAAUACUGUCAUACAAGAUAAGUGCGACUACAGUCAAGGAAGGACCUUAUGCAGAUGGGAAAGACAUUGAGUAUGGGUGUCCAGAGCAAUCUCUUGUUGGAAAGGAGAGAAAUCUGAAACUAUCAGACAGCAGUUACACAGCCUCAUCAUAUUAUAAAAGCCCAGACUUCACAGAUGAUGUUCGAUACAAACCUCAUAAUGCCAAGCUGAAUGGUAGAUAUGGAUGGGCAUCAAGUGAUAAUAAUAACGCUGAUGAUUACCUACAGAUUGAUCUCGGUACUCCACGCGUUAUUAAUGCUGUAGCAACACAAGGGAAUGGUAUCGCUAAUGAAUGGGUGACAAAAUACAAACUGUAUUUAGCAACAAAUAACAUGACGCAAUGGUAUACUUAUAAAGAUGAAUGUGGAAAUUUAAAGUUCUUCAAAGGAAACACCGACUCUAACAGUGUAGUACGUCAUGAUCUUACAAACCCUCAACUGGCUAGGUACAUUAGAUUUGUACCAGUGAACUAUCAAACGUGGAAGACAAUUAGAGUAAACGUUUAUGUUACUAACCAAGAACCUCCUCGUAUGGAAUUUAUUCCUAACAAACGUUCAAUAACAUUAACGUGGACCUAUAAAAAAUGCAGUACCACUGACCAUAUCACUGGAUACCUAGUAAAAGUGGAAAACAGAACCCAUAAAGCUAUUGGCGAUGACCUGAGUUAUAACGUGACCGACUUAAAGCCAUACACUGAAUACAAUGUCUCAAUWAAGGCCAUCAAGCAAGUAGGACAUGGAGUAUGGAGCAACGUCACAACAAUCAGAACUGCUAUUGCAGAACCCGAAUCGAUAGCUUCUCUAAAUGCUACAAUAAAGUCAUCUGAAACAAUUUUGCUAAAAUGGAAGCUUCAAAAUCAGUCGUUGAUUCACGGGCAGCUCAAGGGAUACAGGAUAACCUAUACACCACGAGGAGGAAAGCCUAAUAUAAUUGACGUGGGUGAUGUUGGAAACUAUACUCUGACGUCACUACUCAAGUAUACAACUUACGUCAUCACUAUAGCAUUAUUUUUGGCGUUUUCGAUUUUUUCAGUUAAAUCAAGACGUAAUGCAGAUGAAAAUUCUACCUCUUCUUUCAACCGCUCGAUGAUAGCCGGAUUCGUUGCAGGGUUUAUUGUCCUAGUGCUGAUUCUCAUUGUUGUGAUUACUUCAUAUAAACGUCGAAAUCGCAAUCGUAAAAACAAACACGAAGUUAUAGUUAUGGACUCAGUACCUGUACCAUUGGCUGUCAUUGACGAUACACCAGUCCCAGAGAAUAAUGAUUAUAUUGAUUUCCUGGAGGUGUCUACAAAACGUUCUUUCGACACAGAAAACAACGUAGAAGAUCAUACAUAUGAAGAAACUGAAAGCUCCAUUCCUGAUUUGAUCAUGAUACCUGCCCAGAGUCCAAUAGAAUUUCUUCCGCCAGACAAAAGUAAGCUCACGGAAGAAUUUAAGGGCAUACCCGUGGAGCCGAUGCAUGAAUGCAAAAUGGCAAAGAGACCUACCAACAAGAUAAAGAAUCGUUACAAAAAUAUUGUUGCGUAUGACCAUUCGCUUGUUACUUUGGAAUCAGUAAAUGAUGAUCAAGACUCGUGUUAUAUCAAUGCAUCCUUUAUUCGCGGAUAUGACGGAGCUCCUGCAGCGUAUAUUGCAACACAAGGUCCAUUGAACAACACAUUGGAUGACUUUUGGCGUAUGAUCUGGGAUCACGAAAUAUCUUCAAUUAUCAUGCUUACCAAUCUGCUUGAACUUGCAAAGAGAAAGUGUCAUCAAUACUGGCCUGAUAAAAACUCUGCUCGUUAUUCAGACAUCAUUGUCACCAAUCACAAGACAGAGGUUUUUGCAGACUUCACCAUCCGUACUUUCUUUGUGUCGAAGGACGGCAUGCCAAACCGAAAAGUUCUUCAUUUCCAUUUCACCGCUUGGCCUGAUAAAGGGCUGGUAGAUGGUGCCAAGGGAGACUACAUUAAUGCUUCAUUUGUGCAUACCUAUAGAGAACAUAACGCAUUCAUAAUGACACAAGCUCCCAUGGAAAACACGAUUGCAGAUUUCUGGAGAAUGGUUAUGGACUACGAGAUAGGAACCAUCGUCAUGCUGAACAAUUUGGAAGAAGAAUGUGAGUCUUUUCCUCAAUACUGGCCGCAGCAUGGAACUAAAAAGUAUGGAGAUGUCACUGUUGAACUGGUACAGACCAAAGACGUGGAUAAUAUAAUUGCAAGACAGUUUGAAGUUACAAAGCAAGGGGCAAGUAACGAAAUAUUUGAUUUGAUUUGCAAAAUAAUUGAAUAG